ACGUAUGACGUUCGAGGUUAUAUGUAAGAAAAAACCAUAGUACCUCCCACGGAAACGUUUAUCUAUAAAUAAUCGGAUUAGAAUUUGAUACCCUUAUUGGUUACAAUGAUUUGUUCUUUCACGUAUUUAUACUAUUCUCACUACGCUUGUCUCGUACAUUUUAGAUAGUGAUUGUCAUCGCGCGUGUUGCUUAAUCGGUGUGACUUGCCUGAAACGUCGUAAUUUUGUUUUAGAUAUUAGUUUUUAAUAAAUAGGUGAAUAAUUAGUACAACAUGCAUUCCUCGUGUCUACAAUAUUGCAUUGAUCUGCCUUUGGAGAAGGAAGUGUUGACAGAAACUGUAGAAAAAGCAAAGGAUUGGGCUCUUAUGCAUGGUAUCAGUAUGAGAUCAAAGGAACAUUUCACAAAGGAUAAUGUACAAAUUGCUCCAUUUCUUUUAUUACCAACAAGCUUUCCAAAACAAGAAUUCGAAAAGGCUAUACAAGUCCAAAAAAUAUUAAACAAACUAAUGCACAUAGUUGCCCAUGACUAUGAUUUUCUUAAAAAAACAUUGGCUAGUACGAUUGCAGUGGAUGAAUUCUCAGCUAAACUAUUUCAUAUUUAUGAAACAGUGCAUGCGGAAGGUCUAGCACAGGAUAUUAGCAUUGGUUUACUCCGUUCCGAUUACAUGCUGCAUGGUAUUGAAGAUUCUAAGAUAAAACAAAUCGAAUUAAAUACAAUUGCAUCCAGCUUUGCUGGCAUAGCUACAAGAGUAACACAAUUUCAUAGAUAUAUUUUAACAGAACUGGAACAUUCGGAUAAAUUAAUAAACGUUCCAGAAAAUAAUGCCGUAUCCGGACUUUGUGCCGGACUUAUCGAAGCAUGGAAAUUAUAUAAUAAUGAGAAAGCUGUGAUAUUGUUCGUGGUGGAAAACGUGACACAUAACAUAUGUGAUCAACGAUUUCAUGAAUUUGAAAUCAGACGACAGAAUCCAAAAAUAAGAAUUAUUAGGAAAAAUUUAACAGAAAUUAUAUCGCAGGCGCAGCUGGGACCUGAUAAGGAAUUAAUAAUCGGAAACAAUGUGAUAUCUGUAGUAUAUUUUCGCUCUGGUUAUACACCAAAUGAUUAUCCAACAGAACGUGAGUGGUCGGCAAGACUUUUGAUAGAACGUUCUCGAGCAAUGAAAUGUCCGACCAUACAUUACCAUUUGGCCGGAACUAAAAAGGUACAACAAGCUUUAGCUCAACCAGGUGCUUUAGAUCAUUUUAUAAAAGAUGGUUCAAUUGCACGUCAAGUGCAAGAAAUUUUCACUGGUCUUUAUUCCUUGGAUUUUAAUGAGUACGGGGAUCAAGCAAUUGAUAUGGCAUUAGCAGAGCCGAGAAAGUUCGUUUUAAAGCCGCAACGUGAAGGAGGUGGAAAUAAUGUUUACGAUGAAAAUAUUCGAACUCAGUUGAAUAGUAUGAAAGAAUCAAAAGAACGAACAGCCUGGAUUCUUAUGGAUCGCAUUUAUCCUCCAUUACAAAAAAAUUAUAUAAUACGUCCUGGUGAUAUGAAUAACUGUGAAGUUCAAGAUUUUACGUGCGAACUUGGAAUAUAUGGAAUAAUUAUUGGUAACGCAAAGGAAAUAAAAGUGAACAAACAAGUAGGCCAUGUUUUACGGACCAAACCGGCUACGGCUACUGAGGGUGGAGUUGUAAUGGGCAUUGGUGCAUUAGACAGCCCAUACCUCGUUAUUUAAAAUGCCAUAUAUUUUUUUAUCUAUAGAUAACUUGAAUUUUAGAAUAAAGAAAUGCUACUAAUAUUUAAAGAAAA